GCUGUCCUUCUUGCCUAACUCUUGGCCAUGUCGGAAACGGCUCCUGCAGCCUCCUGCAGCCUGGUCCCAGCUCCUGUCGAGAAGCCGCCACCUAAGAGGCGAGGGAAGAAGCCCGGCCUCGCCGCGGCCCGCAAACCCCGGGGUUUCUCGGUUUCCAAGUUGAUUCCCGAGGCCCUUUCGACGUCCCAGGAACGGGCGGGAAUGUCGCUGGCCGCGCUCAAGAAGGCGCUGGCGGCCGCCGGCUACGACGUGGAGAAGAACAACAGCCGCAUCAAGCUGGCCCUCAAGAGGCUGGUGAACAAGGGGGUCCUGGUGCAGACCAAGGGCACCGGCGCCUCGGGCUCCUUCAGGCUCAGCAAGAAGGCGGCCCCCGAGAGCGUCAAGGGUAAGGUCAAGAGAUCUGCUUCGGCCAAGGCCAAGAAGCUGGGCUUGCCCCGGGCCUCGAGGUCCCCCAAGAGCACCAAGGCCAAGGUCGUCAAGAAGCCGAAGGCGACGCCCACCAAAGCCUCCGCCAAGACCAAAGGCGCCAAGGGGGUGCAGCCGCGGAAAAGCCCGGCCAAGGCGAGGGCAGCCAACCCCAGCGCUGGCAAGCCCAAGAUGGUCCUGCAGAAGACCGACCUGAAGAAGGCAGCAGCGAAGAAGUGAGCUGCAAAGCCAGCUUAAAAAA